AUGAUCAAUGAUAGUGUCAAUAAUCUCUCAAUUGAGAAAUCUUUUAGAAUAAAGCAAGAUGAUGAUAGAUUCUUCUCAAGGCUAAAAUCCAAGGAAGCUUCAAGUGCCAACACUUCAUCAAGAAUCUUGUAUUAUGGAGAAACCUCAAUUGCAAUUCCCUUUGUUUGGGAGGAACAACCUGGUACUCCUAAACACCCUUUGUCUCAAAUCUCUAUACUUCCUCUUACACCCCCACCUUCAUUUUAUUCUAAAAAAUCCAAUACUAACAAAAAAAGAAAAUCAAAAAUCAAUGUUUUUUCAUGCAUUUUGCCAAGGUUAGUAGGUUCAAGGAAAACUACUCAUAGUCAUGCAUCAUCAACAUCAACAUCAACAUCGUCAACAUUGUCACAGUCGUCAUCGUCGUCUUCGUCAUUGUACUCAUAUUCGAUGAGAGACAACAAUCAUGGAAGUUUCUCUUCCUCAUGUUCAUCAACAAUUGUUAGCUCACUUUUGAAACAAAAGGGUUCAAACAGAAUUAGAGGAUGUUAUCCUAUUGGAAAAAUAAAGAAUGCUACUAUAAGUCAUGGAGGGUAA